AUGGCUACCGUUCACUUUUUCCCAUAUGGUGCGUCGGCCAGUCCGAUCUUCCUCUUACUAUUCACUCUAACUGUAACUUCUGCCGUUUCUAACUAACCCGAACUCAACCGUAUAUUUCAGUUUGCCCAGCAGCUCAACGAGUAGGAUCAGCGAUGAGCGCGAGAAGAUCGUCUCGAAGGUUAGAUUUGAGCGGUAGCGCGGCCCUGAAUUACGUGUUCAGGGACUGCCAGCCGACCGCUUUGGCUUCUUCGUCAUCCAGACGCUCGGCGCGAGCCAAGCAGGAGCAAGAAUCGAAGAGAAAGGAGGAGAAGAAGCGAGCGGAGGAGUCGGGAUCCGAAUCCGAGGAGGAGGAAGAAGAAGAAGAAGAAGAAGAAGCAGAGAAGAAGCCGUCGACUUCUGCGGUCAAGAAGAACAAGAAGAAGGUGAACGAGAAAGAAGAAGAAGAAGAGGAGGAGGAGGAGAUGGACGCGGACACGGAAGAAGUCUUUCCGAAGAUCCGCGCGAUCCUCGGCCACGUCGUCGUCAACGAUCACUACGUCGACUAUAUUGUCCGUCUUGAGAACGGAGAGCGUCGUGAGGGUGUGACCGAGUUUGACUUCAGGGUAAGCACCUGCCACCUCCAUUUUUCAAUCUACACAAUCGCUUUUUUCAGGGCCAGACGGCACUGCUUGACCAGUACAAGUUCUCGGUCACAAAGAAGGAGGAUCUCAACGAUCAGGAGUAUCAGGUGGAGAAGAUUCUCGCGAGUCGCCUUGUGAAGAAGGACGGACGCUUGCAGCCGUUGUACCUCGUCAAGUGGAAGGGAUGGCCGAAUCCGGUGUCGCACUCCGAGAUGUACGAGUCGGAAAUGCCGGUGAGGAGGGGGUGCUCGCACCGUAGUCGAGCUGGAAAGUGUGGUUAGGAGGGCUCCUAGCAGAGCCCAAACGUUGAACCUUAUGAAAGUCUGAAGUACACAUGGUGCAUCGACCAUCUAGGUGCUAGUUCAAAGAGCGGUCAGAAAGUUUGUUAGGAUUAUAGAUAUUUACUCUCAAUGUUCCACAAAUCGUUGACAUCUACCCCAAUUUUCAGGAGUGCAAAGAGCUCAUCAAGAAUUUCAAACUCACCUCUCGCUCGCCAAGAUCGCAUAAGAAGAAGCCGAAGAGAAAUAAUCAUCUCUUGCCGUCCGACCUCGGCGACGACGACAAAGAGGAUCGGAAGAAGAAGAAGAAGAGAGCUCCGAAAGCUGAAUCUUCCGACGACGACGACGAAGGGCCGUCUUCUUCGUCCUCGCCGAAGAAGAGAUCUUCCCGAUCGGCCAGAGUCAAGAAAACCGAGGAGAGAGCAUCGUCGGAUGGGGAAGAAGAGGACAAUGAGGAGCACGAGGUUCGUAAGAGCUCUCGACGUGCUCCGCCAGCCCACAAGAGCCCAAAAACUGUGGCCACGCCGAGACUGAUGUUCGACGACGAGGACAGCGACGGAGCUGAGGAGCAUGAUCGAGAGCAGAAGGACGUCGGUGACUCUAACAGCGAUGACGACGGAUCGUCAUCGAAGAAGAAGAUGGUGAAGCAGCCUUCGAAGCAACCAGAGCCAGACUCGGACGAUUCCGAUGAGGACGAGGAGAAGAACAAGAAGGAGUUCUUCAAAAAGGGCGAAAAGAAGAAGGUUCGCGAGGAGACUAGCGACGAGGAAGAAGAAGAAGAAGAAGAAGAAGAAGAGGAGCAGGAGCCGGCGAUAAAGAGACUCCGAGUCAAUCCGAAAAAGUCGAGAAAGAUGGUCGCGUCGGAUGAGGAUGACGAGGCCCAAGACGAUGGUCGGCCAGGACCGAGCAGUGGUGAGUAGGGAGCGUGUCGAAUCUUUAGAACAUUCGAUAGAAUCCGUAGAAGUUUCUACACAGUCUAGAAUCGUUUUUUUUUGUUUGGUAUCCUAGGCCACGACCAUCAUUAAUUCCUAUCAUUUUUGAGGUCGCAAACGCUCGGCUCGCCGCUAA